GACUACUCGAAGUGGGCGGGGCUUGAGCGCUGCGCUGGUAAACAGAUGCCAUGUUGGCUGCACAGAAAUGAAGAUUUUCGUGACAUUAUGGAGUGCGAUUUCAUCUGUUUAACAGAUCCAGACGAGCUUCGGAGCUUCAUAGCACACUCGGAACACACGGGGAGCAUUGAGAGACCCAAGACCCUGUAUGAAGAGAUUCGGGCUUCCAUCAAUACCAAGGAGAAGGGCGAUGUGUGGUUCUGGCGGCCGGUGUUGCCCUGGGGAGGAGUUUACCCCAUCAGAGCGGGCAGAAAAGCCAUCGCCUGCACACCUCUGUACGUGAAGAUCAACCUGAAGAACACGUGCACCAUCGACGGCUUCCUCAUGCUCCUGUACGUCAUCCUGAGAGACAACCACAGCUUCCCCAGAGAGGUGGCAGCGUUCCUGGGCAAGCAGUUCGUGGAACGCUUUCUGUAUCUCAUGGACUCUUACGACUACACGACCGUCAAGAUGUUGUGGAUCUGGGACCGCAUGUCCAAGCGUCAGUACCGCUCUGAGAUCCACAGCGCGGCUCUGGAGAUCGACCUCUUCGGCAACGAGCACGAGAACUUCACCAAGAACCUGCAGAACCUGAUGUCCAGCAUGCAGGAGAGCUGGUGCUCAACCUGGGACUGUCCGGCGCGCUUUCAGGAGGAUCUUCAGAAGACCAUCAGCAUCAGUCCUCCACAUGAGUUGCCUGAUAAAGAUCUCAUUCAGACGGCAGUAGAUGAGUUUUUCUGCCCGCGUCUGGAACUCUGUGAAGAAUACGAAUGUAGCGGGUUGAGAGAAUUCAGUCAGCGUGUGUUUUGUCACGGUCCACCUCCCUUCAUCAUUCUCAACAUGCAGAUGUGGCAGUCUGAGGAUCUGUCUUAUGUACCGUAUCGUCUGGAACUGUCUGAUCAACGGUACUCAUUAGAGGGCGCUACGCUCUUCAACAGAGAUGAGCAUCAUUAUUCUGCCGUAUUCCAGAUGGACGGGUUCUGGAUGCAUUAUGACGGCCUCCGAUCGGACAAUCUGGUGCUUUUAAACAAACCACCGGAGUUCCUGCUGCUCUCCUCUUUAGUUUACAUCAGGUCUUCAGACAAAUAAACGCCACCAAUAUAAACUAUUUUACGAUCACAAACCUUUUCAAAUAUUUCAUUUUUAUCCCUUCAGUCCUGCUGUCGCUGUGUUUUAUGUUGUCCAUCGAACACUAAUUUCUGUAUUUGUUUGUCAAUAUUACUUUUCAUGCUAGAAUAUAUUUUUGUGUAUGAGGCGAUAAGAUGGUAUCAGAGGACGGUUCUAGUGAAAUUUUAUACUCUUAUAUAUAUCAUUCUUUUGUAAUUGCUCUGUAAGGCCUUGUGGAGCUUUUCUCUGGCGUGCUUGGAAUCCAAGAAUAUUGACGUGAACUAUAAUAGUUUUUGAAUUAUGAAAGUGAAAAAACUGCAUUCAACAUCCAGUCAAACACAAGCCAAAGUCAUGCAAUGCCGUGUUAUUUCUGUCCGAAACAGUCAGGGUGCUUGUUUUACACAAAUUGUUAAAGGUCAAUUCAAUAUUUUCUAUCACUUCUACGUUGGUUCAUUGUUCUUAAGUCAGUUCUGGUUUUACAUGUAACUGAUGCCGAUUGUCUGUUUGUAAAUCUUGCAUAAAUAUGCUUGAAAAAUU